AUGGUAUUGUUCUGGCCAAGUGUAAUCUUUCCGUUUCAGCACGUUGAGGAUCUUCUUCCCGCAUUAUUGAAAGUGUACAGUAAUUUACCACACUUGAAAUGGAUCGAUGAUGGCGCACUGAAUCGUCAAGAUAAAAUUCCAGUGCAAGAGCAGUUUGCGCUAUGCUUCAAUACGAUUCUCAGUGAGCUUGCUGCUAAGUACGCGAAUGUACGCGAUCGAAUUGUUUCUGCACAAAUCGAACUGCUUUCCAUCACAGCGGAUAUCAUCAUCGAAAUUUUGUAUCUCAUGCGUGUUCUCUGCUUUAUCAUUGGAUUAUUUCGUGCAUUUGGGCGUUACAGUAACGAUAAGGAGCAUCCACUGAUCUCGGCAAUUUAUCCUCCUCCCUUCACCAUCGGCAAAGCAGACGGAAUGAAUUCUCAGCCUGGUGAACUCGACAGGACGAAGGGUCUUCGAUUAACAACCGAUUCCGAAAAUUGGUUUUGGAGUGAUGAGAGCAGUCCGGAGAAACAGGAGCAGAGUGCUCGCUUUCGAAAAAUGCUUUCAAAGCAUGGCAGCAGUUUUAUACUGCCAUUUCCUCGCGAUGGUACACCUCCGAAAUUCAAGUUCACGGUUGCCGAACUCAGUUCCUUUUCCGAUAUAGCCUUGAUUUCUUUUUCAUUUAAUUCUUUUGAUAUGCGAUAUAGUCCGUUUAAAGUUGCCUUUAAGGUCGAGCGCUUACUGAGGAAGCCGAUUUUGGAUAUCAUGGAUGUUUAUGCAGCCGACAUUUACAUGGUUAGCGCACUGUUCGUACAUGAUUCUUUUUGGCUCUAA